AUGAAGAAAUCAGAGAUUAGGCAAAAACAGUUAGAUUUGGAGAUUGCGAUUUUGGACGAUGAAAGGCAUUCUCUCAGAGGAGAUGACGACUAUGGAGAUGAAGUCAUGGAACGAUUAGAACAUGUUAAGGAUUACGUUUACCUUUGGCCGGCAGACCGGCCAUUACCCAACACUACUAUGGCGUCUAACAAAACCACGCACACUGCAAGACGACUUCCCGAGUUGAGUCUGGUGCGUUUCGACGGCACCCCAAGGAAGCUUUGUAUAUUUUUGAACAGUUUUAAGCAAGAUGUUGCUGCACAUCUAAGAACCGACAGAGGAAGGUUAGCGUACCUUAUCCAUUGUUGCGCUGGAGAAGAGCGAGAAGCUAUGGAAGAGUGUGUGUUGUUAUCCGAAGACAUCGUGUACAUAAAGGCUUUGUCAAUACCAGAAUCCCAGUUUGGUUGUCCAGAUGAGAUCACCGAGAACCCGCUGGACGGGUUACUUCAUGGAAAUAAGUUGAUGACUAGCGAUAUCUAUGGCCUCCGGAAACUGAUUCGCCAGGUUGUCAAUAGUGAGAUAAUCCUUCAACAGAUGGGUUACGCUUCUAUUCUUAACUGCUCCACAACCAUCAAGGCAGUUACACGGCGUAUCCCCGAGUACAUGCAGCUGAAGUGGGCAGAUGAAAUGACUAGUAGUCGGCUACAAGGUAACCCGCCGUUGGAUAUCGAGGUUAAACAUGAUCGGGUUAUCGCUGCUCUUGUUACAUCUGUCUCCCCCAUGGAUAAACUAAUUGCCUAUUAUUCAUCCUGGACAAGAUUGAAGCGAGCUGUCGCUUGGUUUGCCAGAUUCAAGACCUUUCUCAAGANAAAGUCGGACGGAUCGACUCCUCAGUGGAACGUCAAGAACGCGAUCACUCUAGGCGAACUAAAGUACGCAUAA